AUGGGAGACAAAACUGAUCAAGAUGAUAAUGAAUAUACUAAUCUUUAUAUUGGAAAUAUUCCUUAUUCAAGUACAGAAAAAGAUGUAAAGAAUUUCAUUCAAUAUGAUGGAUGUAAAAUCACUAUGGUUACAGAUAAAAAUACAGGGAAAACAAAAGGGUUUGCUUUUGUAGCUUUUGAAACUCAUGAACAAGCAUUAGAAAUAAAGAAACAAGUUACAGGGAAAAGAAUUGGGAAGGACGUCCAAUUAUUUUGA